AUGCCGAACCCGGUUCCAGGCCGAUCAGCGAAAGGGUGUCUUACUUGUAGACGACGGAAGAAGAAAUGCGACGAAAAACGCCCACAGUGCGAGCGAUGCUUGCUUGGCAACUUUGAAUGUUUGGGUUAUGCUCAUCUGGAGGGCAUCUCAUCAAAUAGCAAUCAUAUCUCAUCGUCGGGCUCCAUUACCCUGUCCAACGUGCAAGACAGCGUAUCUCACCUACUCAUCGAGGCGAACCACCCCACAACUGCCGACUUUCUCCCUUUUGUUAGUUGUAUGGGAAAUCCAGUACAUCCCAAUACAUUAUCUCUAACCCACCCUCACGGGCAUCCUCUGAGUAUACCCAAAGGCCCUCAGCUCGACUUAUUCGAACGGGAUAAUAUGGUGGACCUUGUGGUGUCACAAUAUUUACGAGUCGCUCGCGCGCCGUUCAGGCCGUUUCCUUACGAGUUCGGUAGAGCUAUCGAAGAAAGGGCUCGAAGUUCAGACCUCGUCCUCAAGACAAUGUAUAUCGGGGCGCGGAUAGCACAAGCACUUCUCGAUGGCACUAACCCACAACGUUUCGUGGGGUGGAUUGAUAGCUUUCAUCGCCAAAUAUCAUGGACGCAACCAUUAUCCCUGAAUACUGGUGCAACCCAUCUGGCAGACCGUCUGUCAGCUGUUCACGACCUUACAUUGUAUGCCUUUAUGCUGACGGACAGUCGGACAGGCUAUUCGUUGCUUCGCCAAGGUGUUCCUAUCUUCCUCGAGUUUGCCGCUCAGUCGCCUCAAGUAUGGUCUAAGGACUCUGCUAUAUCGAUCUCACAUGCACUCAACCCUACCAGACAUGAGAUGGCCAGAUUUGUUCUCGUAGAUGCGAUUUCCUCUCUAGCUUUCGGCACCGCUCCUCUCAUUAACUACGAUACGACUGUUAACGAAAACGAGUUCUUGCAUGGGAAGUACGGCUUUCUGGAAAUGGGUUGCGCGGGUCAUGGACCAGGUAGUUCAAACUCGGGAGAUAUUGGAGAUAUUGAGGAGUGCGUCAAAAAGUGGGCCCCGAAGCUGGAUUAUACCGAAAGGCCGUUUGAAUCAAUUACCAGACUGGCAGUGCAGGAGUGCUGGCGCCAGGCAACGUUGAUAUACGCGUAUAUGGGGUUGUGUGGGGCGGAUUCGUCAGAUGAUCGAGUUCAGCCCUUAGUCUCUCAGGUAGCACAAUUGGCCGCUACUAUUGAGCCUAAUAGCCCUAUGGAGGCGCACUUAUUUGUUCCAGCACUGAUAGCGGGGGCAGCUGCUCGGAAGGAGAAACACCGUACUGUUCUUCGCAAGAAGAUUCAGGCAUCUCGGAACAUCGAUGCACGGAUACUGAGAGGGGCUGACUUUGUAUUUGUCCUUGAUCAUCUGUGGCAUGGCGCCGCGGUCGGGGGUAGUCCGGUGACCUGGGAAGACUAUGUGACCUCGCGUUAUGCAGUCAUGCCUUUGGAUGUCUGA